AUGGCCGCACCCGAUGUCUCCGCCUCCUCAGAUCCCGCGCUUUCCUCGAACAAUGUGGGGUUGGCUUCAGGAGUUGCAGGGGUGUUGUUGGAGAAGGGACCGUUGAGUGUGGGUCCCAUCGCUUUGGAAGACGGAGAACCGCAGCUUCCGGUCGCUUCCGAAAGCAUUCUAGCCUCUUUGGAGGAUGCCCAGGGCCCUGGCGAGGAGCUGCCGGGCGAUGUACCUUCUCAGCCGGCCGAGCCGGUCCGGGAAGAGCACUUGGCAAAUUAUGACUUCGAUGAGCAAGAGGAGCUAGAGUAUUAUCGAGAAUACGACAAUGGGUUUAGUGAGGCCUUGCGAAACCUUUCCGCUGAUGCAGAAGCUGAGGCUGCUCUUGACAGGGCGCUCCACAGUCUUGUAGGUAGUGAGGAAUGCAUGAGCGAAGUGACCGAACAGGUGUCGGCAUGCAGUCGUGAGGCCGAUCCUGUCUUUGUACAAGAGCAGGUCAUGAACGAGCUUGUACGGCACCCAGUGCCACCACGAGGAUUUCAGCUUCCGUGGGAGCGAGGUCCCAUGAAGAGCAUCUUUGCCGAUAACUUGCCGAGCUUGCCAAGCUUGAAAGGGAUGCCAAGACGUAGCAUGCCGGAGCCCCCCCCCGUUGUGAUUGCACCGAGUCUUUCGCCAGCAGCCAAACUGCCCUCGCCGUCCGAGCCAAUCUUUAAGCUAGUUGUGAAGGUUGUUAAAGAUGUGGGAUAUCUUGAACGCCGUGAGGAGUUGCUUCAGGUUGGAAUCCACAAGUUGGCCAUCAACUUAGAGCUAGUGGGUAACGCCUUUGUUCCCCCGGAGCUUCUGCACCAAGGGCAGGUCGACGCUGAGUCGCUGGAAGCGGCAAUCGGGGUGAGGAGUCCUCUCACACUAAACAAGCGUGUAGGCAACCUUGCGAAUUACUUGAAGUGGUGUAUGGAGUCGUGUGUUCAGAGCGGCUGUUACCUACACGAGGCCACCGUGUGGAAGUACCUCAGCCACCUGAGGCAUUCAGGCUCGCCCCCGUCGCGAGGAGCCGACUGUGUAUCCAUGUUUCGGUUCUUACACCAUGUGUUGGGUCUGGACCUUACGCACAUCCUCAAAAGUAGACGUGUCAGCGGAAUCACUGAACAGAUGCGCACCGGCAAGGGUUGGAUUAAGCAAGCAUUGCCCCUCACGGUGAGUGAGAUCCUGUUCCUGCACCGGCUGUUGGAGCAACGAGAGUUGCACAAAUACGACCUUGCGAUGGUGGCAUACAUACUCUUAGCCUUAUAUGCAAGAGCCAGGCAUUCUGACCUGGCGGAUGUUCAGAAUGUCACGCAUGACCACUCACCGGCGGGAGGAUUUCUCAUCAUUGAGCUGGGUCAGCACAAGACGCGCCGUGCACAGGCGCGUUGCAGAGAGUUGUUGCCGGUUCUCAUCCCGGCCAUCGGGGUGCACGGACAGACGUGGCUGAAUGCAGCUCAGGAGUGUUUGGAAGAUGCAGGCUUGAAGCUAGAGGGUGAGUUGAAGGGGCCCAUCCUGAGGGCACCCGCCAACUCAUAUGGCGACACCCUUUGCCUGCGUGAAAUCAGGUCACAUGAGAUCACAAAUUUCCUCCGGAAGAUUCUUCUGCCAGUGUCAAGCAAAGACAGGUUAUCAUGUGUGUCAUCGCAUUCGCUGAAACGAACCCUUCUCUCUUGGGCGGCGAAGUUUGGAUUGUGUGACGAUGUUUGUACGGUGUUGGGCCGCCACACUUCAGCGACCGUCAGCUCACGAGCCUUGUAUGCUAUGGAUCUUGCCACGGCCCCCGCGCGGGAGCUGCAACGCAUGUUAUUGGAAGUGGCAGCGAAGCGCUUCGCACCUGAUGCUGCCCGGUCAGAGUAUUUUCCCUUGAGGUCACAAGCUCUCGAGUCGAAUGCACAGACGCUGCAUGAGCAGGAUCAGGCCCUUCGUCACUCAGGCUCGGACGUGAAAACUGAAGUCGCUGCUGUAGCGGGCCCCAUUGCCGACCCACCUGGUCCAGUCUGUGUAGUACCAAGGCUGGACGUGGCGUGGCCGCGUCACGAAGUUGCUGUGCAUGUGAAGUCUCGCAUCGCACACAGGAUCGUCUUCACCUCGGAGGGCUAUCCCCCGGACGGCUUCGUCUGGGGCACAGGUGCAACUGUGCAUGGUGGAGUCCACGCUUUACGCACAAAUAUGCGGUCUUUUCCCCUUGUGACCCAGAUGCUGGCUUCAUAUGCCAAGCAGUGGGUGCAGGAUCACCCUUUUACUAGUCUCAUGCUCUUCGCAGAUGUGCAAGCGCCCCUGCAUGCCGAUCGGAACAAUGCAGCGGGUGUAGACAAUUUUCUAAUCGGUUUGACUGGCUUUGAUCAUGGAGAGCUCUGGGUCGAAUCGUCCUCAGGUUCUCAGGUCUGCCCUGAUCCAGCCUAUCCCGGCUGCGGUGAGCUGCUUCCAGUCUCGCGCACUUGUGCGUUUUUCGAUGCUCAUGCAAGACAUGCUACCUGCCCAUGGACGGGUCACCGAGUUGUUCUUGCAGGUUUCACUGUCAAGGGAUACGAUGCAUUUGGUCAGGCCAUGCGUGCUGAGCUGACAAGUCUCGGCUUCCAGAUACCGCAGUUGGCUGCCGCCUUGCCACUUCUAGCCGACCUGUUGACACCUGAAGGUCGCGAGCUCUGUCGCUUCUGGCUGCAGAGCCCUCUGCUGGUGGCCGUCUUCGCUUCGCCCCCCUGUGAUGCAUCCUCGCAUGACGCCUUGCAUGAAUUCCUGAGCGAUGUUGUUGAGGAGUGUCAGCGCCGACGUGUUCUCUGCGCCAUUGAAAACCCUCGGCGCAGUUCCUAUUGGGACACAUCUGCCUUCCGUCGCAUUCAGCAUCUUUGUGCACACACUGUCAGCCUUGACCAAUGUGCUUUCGGUGGCUCCCAGCCAAAGCGCAGUACCAUUGUCAGCACGUCACCGUGCUUCGCAUCCUUGGCAAAAGACUGCCCAGGUAAAGCCUGUGCGGCACAACAUGCAGCUGAUCAGGAGACUGCCUACCCGCCCAAGCUAGUUAUCGUCAUGACCGGACCGUCGUCAGUCUCCCUGCCCUGUGAGGCUCAGCUUCUGCGGGUCUCCCCCCUCACGGCCAAUAAGGGGAAAGAGCAGGCUGAAGAAUUGCGAUCUCGUGCCGCUCUUGAGCUCAGCUUCCUGCUGGAGCACUGGGCUUUGCAGCUUGCACAUUGCCAGACUUGUUAA